GACUGUUUUCUUCUUCAUGAGUUUUGGCUGUGCACUCCAUGGCGGUGUCCUCCAUGGUGUCAUUGUAGUGAGGUUGAAUAUCAAGAAAAAUAAGAACUAGCUCUUCUUAAUCAUGACUGGUUACACAGCAGACGAAAAGCUCCGCGUAGAGCAGAUUUCAAACCUCAGGAGGAAAUGGCUGAAGGACCAAGAGCUCAGUCCCAGAGAGCCCGUGUUGCCAAAGACAGCCCUCGGGCCUGUGGCAAAAUUCUGGGCUGGCUUUCUGGAACCGAAGACCCUGUGGAGGCUUUACACCUACAAAGUCUACACUGGUGGAGUGUUUGCCUUGACCCGGUUGUUGAUCCCUGCCUGGGUUGUGCAUUAUUACGUGAAGUAUCAUGUUGCUAAAAGGCCCUAUGGCAUCGUGGAGCUGAAGCCCAGACUGUUCCCUGGCGACACCAUCUUGGAGACGGGAGAGGUUGUUCCAGACCUCCCAGAGAGCCAUGGUCACCACUGAAGAAGACACAGUUGAAAGAAUUACACAAUGUCUUUUUGUCCCUGCCCUGUUGUAAAAACUUUAUGUAUAUGUCAUUAAAUAAUAUUUACAAUACUAA